UAAGCUUCUUCAACUAUCUUCCAUUUUCACUGCAUUGCAACUUCAACAACUUCUCGCUUCAAAUCGACUCUACAUUAUCGCUGGUCUAGUCACACACAUAAUUGCAUCGCGCCUAUCACCCCUCCCCUGCAUAUGUCCGCUGUAUAAGUAGAAGCUGGACCAGGGGGUGGCCGCAAUCACACUCACACCUUUCGCGACAAGCAUGUUACGGUCCAUCAAGAAAAGGACUGAGGCUGCUUUCCGCAGACGAAAGAACAACAAGUCCAUCGACCAAGUGACCCCCGUCGACGUUGACUGGCCCUUUCAAAGCGACUCAUACCCGCCGUCAUCGUCCACGGAGGACCACACCGCGACUAAUACAUCCGAGCCGGGAGAGGAACUGAUACCCGCUGAAGAAGCUCUGCAGCUUCGGUUCAAACAAGACGAUACGAGCGCUGUUCAGACUACUGCGCUUGAAGAAGUUCCCCCUGAGGAGCCCGCGGAGGAGGUUGAUGUGGCGGAAGAGCCUGAACUAGGCGCUUAUACAACCAAAUUCGUGCCGUUUGUGGAAACAUCAGCAAUGCGGAGCAACAUGUUUGUCCAUUCCGCCAAUUCGCACUAUGGCAUGGUGAACCCUGCUAUUAUGAGUGGUUUUGGGGAUGACGAUGACGAUUCGAUAUGGCUGGUAGAUGACGAAGAGACUGAAGAAGAAACUGAAAACGCAACAACAGCGGUUAAGAGAGGGGAGGAGGAAGGGGUGGAGGAAGAAGAAGAGGAUGAGGAGGCGGAGGAUGAGAUAGAAAGGGAGGAAUCAGAAGAGGAGGAGCUUGAGGAAGAUGAUGAAGACGAGCCAGCUGUCGCUUUACCUCCAACAACGAAUCAGCCUCCUCCAGUGUCAACUGUGCCCGAACCAGCUUCAGUGGCUAACCCAGACACCGGAUUCAGAUAUCGCAUUAAUCUUGCCUUAUUUGACGAUGACGAGUUUGCAACCCCAGAAGAAGAGAAGGUCCCAGUUUCUGUGAACGUGGAUGAGGAUCCCGUUCUGAAUCCACCGUCGCCUAACCUUGAUUCGGUGGAGCUUUUGAGCGACGGACACGAAUCUCAACAUCGGAAUAGUAGCCAAGACGAGGCCACUGUUUCCAACGGCUCUUCUACGCCUGCCACAAGCAAUCCGUACGUCGAUCUCCUUGAGCAGCAGGACUCUGCCAUGACGGUAGCAUAUCAGCGCCGUCUAGACCUGUCUGGUAGACGUGGAGAUGAUCAAGCUGAUGAUUUCAGCUUCGGACAACGAUAUCAACAAGACCCAGGAACAUCUACUGUCCUGGUUACGCAUCAACGUAUACCGUCGGAUCAUGACAGCGGUGAUCGCGAUUGCGCAAUAUGUACUGAUACCAAGGAAGACAUUCUCUUUCCCCGAUUUUCUCCAACAGCGUCUUGCACACAUGCCCCCACGGCAUGCCUCGAGUGCUUAGAGAGGUCUAUCCGUUCUGACCUGACAAGCAAGAUCUGGACGGAUAUUAGAUGUCCUGAAUGCCGUGAAUUAUUAGAUUACACAGAUAUCCAGCGCUACGCUGAUGGGGAGACAUUCAAAAGAUACGAGACGCUUGCUCUUCGAGCUGCUAUGGCUGAAGCUGAAAACUUCUUUUGGUGCACCUCCGGCUGCGGCUCUGGUCAGAUACAUGAAUCUGGCCAAGAGCAGCCUAUAGUUAUUUGCCUUCACUGCACCCAUCGAUCCUGUUUUCAUCACAACGUCGCAUGGCACCAGGGAUUAACGUGCGACGAGUAUGAUCAGCUACUUGCUGACCCCGAUAACUUUCGUUCUAAGCUUGAAAUUGAUAACGAAGCGUGGGCAGCUUCGCAAAAGGCACAACUUGAGGCUGACAGAGCCAUGGCACAGGGCCUGUUGGACGAGGAGAGGAGGGUCAGAGAAAUGAGAGAAAUGAGAGAGCGUGAGGAGAGAGAGAGGACAAGGAAAGCCAUCGAACUGGCAAGACAAAUCGCCGCGAGAAGGAAGGCUGAAGAAGACAUGAGCAGGGAAACUGUUGGGAGAACAACAAAGCCUUGCCCAGGAUGCGGAUGGGCAAUUGAAAAGAAUGAGGGAUGUUCGCACAUGACUUGCGUCAAAUGCAAGCACCAGUUUUGUUACGAGUGCGGAGCGGACCAUCAGCAGAUUCUCGAGAAUGACAAUACUGUUCAUAAGGAGAGCUGUGAGUCGGGGUUGCGGGAAACUGAUGGCGAUGCUGAUGAUGACGAGGAGGAGGUUGGGUUUGAUGAUGAUUCGGAUGAGGAGGUGGUCGUUGUUUGGGGGGGGUAG